AUGUCUCUUGCUGGCUUCACGUUUGGCUCGUUUGGCGAUGUCAUCUCUCUCAUCAGUCUUGUCCUACAAGUGCGCAGAGCACUGGGCGAUAGCGCAGGGGCCUCCGAAGACCAUCAAGCUCUCAUUGCAGAGCUCGAUUCGUUUUCACAUCUUCUUCACGUAGUACGUGAGGCCCUGGCAAUCCACGACGGCCCUCGGAAGCUGCCCAAUUCUGUGAGGAAUGCCAUGAAUCAGGGUUUACUCUCUUCGGCGGCACUCCUGGCAGAUUUCUACAAGGAUAUCGAGAGAUAUAGUGGAAGCUUGAGGCAAGGAGGGUCCGGCAGCGUCAUUAGAGACUCAUGGAUGAAGGUGGAAUGGGCUUUAUAUAAGAAGGAGGACGUUAGACAGAUCAGAAGAAAGUUAGCAAAUCAAGUUGGAAGGAUUAAUGCUCUGCUUUCUGUUUCCUAUUGGCAUGCACUUGACUGUGUAGAGGAUGUAUGCCAUCAGCAUCGAAUCGCUCUGGUAGAAGUCUCUCGCCGAAUGGAGGAACUGCCGCAGGCACUCGGGUAUCCGUGGGCCGUCCAACGUCCUAUUCAGCUUAGACACAUCCUGGGUCAUACUAUCGACCUACCUAUGGAUUUGUUCGCCACGUCAGAGUUCUUUGAUGAUUUUCUAAAGUUUUUCUUCAAAAAUCGGCCAGGCAGCCGCUUCGUUGAACGAGGAGACUAUGACCUUUCUACCUCGCCUGGUGAUGCUAGUGCCUCGGUGAUCAUUGCAGUGGAAGAAUGGAAAGCAAUAGUCAAGCCGGGUAUGGCCAUCGACAUGAACGCUGUCCUCCGUCGUAGAAUAUACGACAGCGACCAUCGUCAUCGGGUAUGCACAAGCUGCGACAGAGCACUCAAUACUUUGUCUGUUACGGACAAUUUCGUUAUACAAUGUACUUUUUGUCAAACUUGGCUCACGGUCUCAAACGGUCCGAUCGAGAACAAUUCCGGAGGACAGGCACGAAGCAGCGACAUCGCUAGAAAUCCCUCUUCACAGCGAUCACUCGACGAGCCACCUGGGUCCCAAGAAGACACAGACCAAGAUCUGAAGUUCAUACGCCGCGUUCGCCUUCUGGAGUUACACUUGCAUUCUUCGAGCCAGGAACCUCACGCGCAGUCCGUACCAGACCAGCUUGGUGUCGACUUCUCACUCGCGGCGGAAGAUUCACUUCCCCUUAGUGACGAUGGCGAAAUCAGGGUGCAGCUCAAGGAAGCGUCCACAGUACCUGAAAUGAACAUAAGCGACUGCACAACUGAGCCGACUCAGUCAGCUGCUUUCACUCCCGAAGGCAAGACAUUGGACCCAGCUUCCCUUCCAUCACAAAUUAUUCGACAGAAAUCCAGCAUUACAUUCGAUACAUUGCCUUCACCCACUCAUCCACCUGAUGGCAAUGAUCGCCGUUCACCUUCGCCGACCUCAAUAUUCUCCGCUCGUUCUGGCCGCUCCGUGCGGUGGGCGCGAAGCACCAGUUUUGCAGAGAAUACGGGCGGCUAUUUUUCGCAUAGAUUCAGCCUCCCAGCUCGGGUCCGUCGGCGAAGCUCGAAUGCUACGUUCGCCAGCAGUCUACCCAGCGCUGAACAGGACAACUGGAUCAGCGAUGAUGAAGAUCUUGAAGACUCCCAACCACCUGCAGGGGCUCUCGCAUCGAUUCGUCCGGGAUUCGCGAGCUCCCUGUUUUCGCCCACACGCACUUGCGUGGGCUCCUCCACGGACGUCGAGAACUCUCGUCCGACAUCUCGCAUUAGCUUCCUCAAAAAAUAUUCGCCUUUCCGACACCCAUCACAGUCUUUGGUCUCUAUCGACGACACUCACGAUCGUUCAUGGAGUCCAGGUGGGGAGGAAAUUGAUGUGGCCAAUAUCGACGACGAAGAUGGCGAGGUUGUUUGUAAAAGAUCUCGGAUAGCCAAACUUCUCUCCCUUGUCAAACGACGCCGUACCACGUCUACUCGUGUUCAGUGA